GGGGAUUCUCCUCACAAAGAAUAAGUUCAGAGAAGCAUCUAUAAUCUGCACUCUCAGUAAUUUGCCAUCAUGACUAUUGCUGCUGCAGACUAACUCGGUCUGAUUUGCGUUUUUGAACACGUUAAGUUAAAACAACUUAAAAGUGAAAUCCUGCUGUCUCUUUAAUUGAACAAAGAGACAGUGAGAGGUGAGAGUGAAAAUAAAUGAGGGUGGGGUUGUUUGGUGGCUCUGCUCGAUAGAUUAAUCACGCAUGCCUGGUUUAUUGUCUGCAGCCCGUGCACUGGGAGAGACAGGGCUGCAGGUCUGUGUGUUUGCUCUCAGUGAUGGGCUCUUCUGGGAGAUGGAUGCUGCUCACCCUGUGUGUGUGUUUCAGCACUCUGGAGAUUAGUGAGUAUGUCUGUGUGCCGUCUUCAGCUUUGACACCAAUUCAGUGAGACAUGAUGAGAAAUGAGAUGAGAAAUAUGCUCACACUGCUAAAACUUCAAGUGAUAUGCAAUGUUACAUUACUUGUUGCCUCUUGCUUAUAAACAAUUAUAUUGAUUGGAGGAAAUAAAAAGUGUAUUUUAUUCUCUGCUGUAAAUUAAUGGAUGAAAUACUUUUGAAAUCCGCAGCAGACCUGACGGAGGGAACUUUUUGUAGACUGACAUCGCUGUACGCUCUAUGUUUGAUGUUGAGGAUGCAAGUUUUUUCACCCUUGGAAAACUAAACCUAGAGUGUCUGUUGUAACUUUUAUGACGAUUUAAAACUUAAUUUAAAAUUAUUGGAUGAUGUAAAUUCAAAGACAGCAAACUGAAAGGUUUUUAACCAUAUUUUAGAGUGACGAGCUUUACUGAAAUCAAGGUUUAAUCCCAAAUUUAAACCAUUAUUUCAAGAACUAAAUAAAAAUGCAUCUAUUGCAGUUUUUCCCUAAAAGCCUGUGUUUGUCACACUAAUUGUUUUAUCUUAAAGACUCUCAAACAGUGACAUUUUACAAACUGGUAAUCAGCACAGAGACAAUGUCAUUUAUUGACGGUAUGUUUUCAUCCCAGUGAAGUAGGCUGUUGUUCCACUCAGUCUGUGACCGGUUUGGCUUACACUCAAAGCUGUCAAGUGUAAUUAACAACUAAUAUGCAUACCGCAUUCCCACACACACACCACAAAAGGCCCGGGGAUGACAGCGAGGAUGCGGAGUGGAGGGAGGGGGAGUCAUUAUUUCAGUAAUGAAGGAGGAGAGGGAGGAGUGCUGCAGUCUGCACGUCAACCAGGGGCAACCAGGGAAUUCAAAAGCAGGAUGAGACAAAAAGGAAAAGAAAACAUAAAGUCAUAAAUCCUUCACUAAGGGAAAAUAUAGCUUGUAACAUUUUUGUCUCUUUCCUGUUUUGAUAAUUGACACAGUUGCACUCAGGGUAACCAUGAGGGAGUCCAGUCUCAGUGUGGUUCAAGGGGAUUUUGUCAUUCUGCCCUGCUCCUUCUUCACCUCCAGCCCCCUCUCCAGACUCAACGUCAUCUGGACUCUGGCUCCCUUCUCCAGCCCAGACACCCCGAUACAGGUGAUAGUGUACGACCAUGGACAGGUGAUAGAAGACCCCUCCCUCAUUGGCAGGGUGGGCUUUACAGGUAUCCCCUGGAGUGCAGACAUUGUGCUGAAUGACACACGUGUAUCAGACGCUGGGAUUUACCGCUGCAUGGUCAAUAACCCUCCAGAGACAGCAGAUCCCGGCAUAGGAGAGCUGGUGCUCAGUGUCCUGGCACCACCCUCACUGCCUGUGUGUCAGUGGGACGGAGAUGUUGAUAUGGGAGGAAGUGUCACGCUGUCCUGCUCGGUGGCUGAGGGUGUCCCCACUCCUGAGAUCCAGUGGGAUAAACUCAGUCCAGAGGAAAUCGCACUUCCUAUCAACAUGGAGGGGGAUCUGUCAGGCUUUGUCCAAAUUGUCAAUGUGUCAUCUCAGACGUCUGGCUUGUAUCGCUGCUCUGCCAAUAACCUCCUGGGAACAGAGAACUGCUACGUCAACCUGUCUGUCUACAGCACUCCGGACAGUCCCUCCGGCAUGCUGCAGGGUGUACUGCUCACCUUGUCCAUGAGCCUGCUGCUGCUGGCGCUGCUGGUGCUCGUGUUGUGGCUUCACCGCACGGGGCAGGACGGGAGGAGGUGGAGGGAGCGGAAAGAAGAGGAGGAGGAUGAGUGUUACAAUGAGAUACGGUACACCCCAUCUCUGAUGAAGCGUUCAUUUGUUUAAUUUUUUAACGUCAACGAGAAAAGGAAAAAAAAAAUCUGUAUUUCACAAAUGUUUUUUUUUUUUUUUAACAUCCUGGCCAGAACUCCCUGCAUUUCUAUACAGCAAUAAACAUCUGUCCAGAAAUACACCAAAUAAAAAGCCUCCUUUCUUCACCUUA